AGCAGGAGGGUAACAGCACCCUUCAGGGCAGAGCAGGGCUCCUCUCAUCCCCAGUGCCAGCUGCAGUGCAGGGUUUACAAGGCUAUUACCAGCAGGUGCUCAAACCCCUCCAGUGAUGCAAGUGCUGCCUCCUGCCUUCUCUACCCCCUUCUUCCUCCUAAGCUGGCAGGAUAAAGUCUGCCUAGAUACUGUCAUGCUGAAGAAGUGGUCUGUUACUGUGCUGGCGGUGCCAAGGACUCCAGCUUCAUGAGGAGGCCAAACUGGACAAUGAGAUUUGACAAGCAACACUCUCAUGACUUGCCUUCACCUGGUCCCUUUGGAUUCCUGAGCCGGGAUUCCAGGCUUGCUGACAGGUGAAUGACAGCAAUUCUGAAUAGCUUUACAGCAGGGGUGACAAUCUGGGAGGUCAGCAUCUCAACAAGAGAUAUUCUCCUGUUUCUGAUUCGUCAGAAGAGAUCAGGAAGGCUGCUGAGGAGUCUCUGCUCUCUUCUUCAAGCACUCUCGAUGUCAGCCAAAAAAUCAUUACACAUCUCACUGAGGAAAUGUACCGACUGCCCAACAUAAAGUACCUUCAUCUGGAAGGAAAUGUCAUAUCCACGCUUCCCGAGGAUUUGUUUCAAAAGCUGCCACAUCUUGUUUGGCUGGUUCUCCGCUAUAACAAGAUUAAAGCUCUUCCCCCUGGAAUCGGUUUCCACAGGCAAUUGAAAACUCUGCUCUUAGAGAGGAGUCCUAUAAAAGAGCUACCUGCAGAGCUCAGACACUUGACUGUGCUGACAGCCUUGAAUCUGAAACACUGUCCCCUUGAAUUUCCUCCUAAAGAGGUCAACAAAAGGGAUUUAAAUCCAUCCUGUCCUUUCUUCGGGAUUCUGGGAAUGGAAACCUACCCUGGAUGGAGCCAGCUGCUUCAGGAUUCAGGGAACCUCCUGAGUCUAUGGAACCAAACCUUUGUGCAACUCAGCAUCUCCCAGCACUGCAGUGGAGUAAAGAAAUGCUUUGGGAAUGGUGCAGCCAGGCAAAGCCGAGGAAAGAAAGAAGCGUUUAGAUUCUCACCUACAAAGGCAGAUAUGCUACCCAAAAAUGCACCAUAUGCACCUGAUAACAUCAGUUACCACACCAUGAACAAGAGAGCUGAGAAACAGGACCCUACACCUCAGAUAGUGGAAGAAUGGAUGCUGGAAGUAAAGGGUGAAGCUUCAAGAUCCCGCUGGGAAAAGAAGCUGGAGCAGCACAUCAAAGAGCACACAGCAGUGGUGAAAGCACGGGGGGCAGGAGUUAAAAGGAGCUUCCCAACCGGAAAUGAAGAAAGCAAAACAAGACGCUGAGGCAGUGAGUAUCUGCUCUUUGGAGGCAGGACAGCGGCCCCAGGGCUCUGUGCUGAUGGACGUUGUUGGCUUGACAUUUCCUUAACCU